CUUUCCUUCUCUAGGGCCCAGGGGAUUUUGCUUUGCCUUUGCGUCCGUCGUCAUCUUCGCAAGACACCAGCGAGAGCGAGAGACCGAAGAGGAAGACAGGAUGCGGCUCUCCUUCCCCCUUGUUGCCGGCGCCGUCCUGAUCGGAGUGAUUUCUGGGAAUGUAAUAUUUGGGCCACCACUUCAGAAGUAUUGGGCAGAGAAGCAGCAGGAAGAGGCAGCAAAGGAGGGUCAAGCUGGUUCAACCUAAUAGAGGGCCCUCGGUUUUCAUUGUCGCAGUUCUGUCGAUGGAACACUCUACUCUGAAUGCUGACAUUCAUAAGAAAUGUGUACUUUCUUUGGUCCCUUACUGUAACUGUUGAGCUAACUUCAGUGUUUGUUAGCGUUGGUUGAAUUAGCAGCCUUCGUAGUGGAAGGAAACAAUGUAUAAAGCACAGUAUCAGUUCUCUGUUGAUUCCCAUUGCAAGAUAGUUUCGUUAUAUGUAUAAUAUAUCUGUUCUCUGUUGAUUUUAUGCAUCUCAGCCUGGGUGUCCUGUUUGGGCCGUGCGUUGGAGCGCUUCUCCUCUCGGUAGCCCAGCCCAUCACUUAUCCGCUUUUCUGGAGCGGCAGGCGGGUGGGGAAGACGACGAACUGCCGCCAAUGUAGAAAUUCCCCGCCCACUACAAGCCCUAGCUGCCCACAUUCCCGCCAAAACAAGAACCUCGCCGGAGGUCACAAUCUCAACCCCGCACAGGAUGCCGAGGAAAGCCAAGCCCGCCGCUCAAGCCACGGCGGCGGCGACUGCCGCCACUGGCGUCCAGUACUGGCUUCUGAAGACGGAGCCAGGCGAGUGGUCGUGGUCCGACCAGGCGCGCGCCAAAGGCGGCGUCGCGCCGUGGGACGGCGUCCGCAACCACCAAGCCAUGAAAUACCUCCGCGCCAUGCGCACCGGCGACCGGUGCCUGUUCUACCACUCCGGCGCCGGCGCCUCCUCCCGCCGCGUCGUCGGCGUCGUGGAGGUCGCUCGGACCUGGUACGAGGAAGGCGAGGGGGACGGGAAGGGGAAGGGGAAGGAGGCGGCCGCCGGCGGCGCCGUGGACGUGCGGUCGGUCGGGGAGUUCCGGAACCCCGUCCCUCUGGGUGAGAUCAAGAAGGCGGCGGGAGAGGUGGAGGGGAUGAGCGACUUCGCGCUGCUCCGGCAGCCGCGGCUGUCGGUGAUGCCCGUGCCGGCCAAGGUCUGGGACUGGAUCUGCGACGCGGGAGGGGGCUUCGUGCAGGACGGCGAGGCUGAGGAAGAAGAGCCUUGAUGCUGCAACCGUCAAGGGUGCCACCCCAAUUGCAAAGGCCGCAUUUUGUGGAGUCCUUUUUGCCCUGCAAGGGGUGCUAAGUUGCAAUAGCAGCACCCUUUUGUUCAGAAGAGGGAUGGAAUCAGUGGUAUUCAGUUCAUCUUUCUUUAGCGUCUGCCAUCUCGGAUCCGAAGUCUGCCAAACAAGGCGUGUAGUUACUAGUUGAUCUCGGUAAGUUCAGUGGUUGAUGUAGCUGGAGUAGCUUGUGGUCUAUGAAGCACACGAGUUGUUGUGUGUGCUUCAUAUUGUAGCUUGUGACUUCAUAACUGGGUCAUCUACUUGCUGCUCUGUAUGGAUAAGUUGGAUGCAUAGUUUACUGAAGUUUCGAUGUUAUGGGCCUAUGGCAUGGCGUUAGCUGCUACUCGAUUACUAAACUUUACUA